AUGUCUCUCCCACUCCUCCCCAAGCGCGGUCUCACUCCUCGCGAAGUGACCGCCCUCCUCAUCAUGGUCGCAUCGCAACUUAUCAUCGGCGUUAUGAUGCUGCGCAUGAUGAUGGCUAAUCAGGGUGUUGCUAGUGUGGGAUUUACUGAAGUUCUUCCUACCAUUCAACCUUCGUUCCACGGUGCGCAGUGCGAGGCUCAGAUGAAUGAUGGAAAAAAUGGCAUGAACUUUGGUGGAAAUAUCGAUUGCAGUAACUUUAACAAGGACGCAAAGAUGAAGGAAUUCAAUGUGGGUCAAGGAAUCGAUGCUUCGGAGUAUUUGCUCAGGACGAAAAUCGUCAUCGGUAAUCGCAUUUCGUGUCAUCGCACAUUCGUGACGGAGAAGAAGAAUUCGCUGGUGAAGGGUUUGUGGGAAGUAAUCGAGGGCAUCUACGAACUUGAGGAAAUGGCUGCGGGUUCUCGGAUUGACGAGAGUUUUGCUCAAAAUAGUGGCGCUCAGCGCGUUUUGCGAAAGGGGGAUGGAGCGACAGAUGGUGGUGUCGGGGAAGAUUGGGAGGUGGUCAAAUUUGCGCAAAAUCCGGCGUAUCCCGCGGAUGAACAUGAUCAGUUCCGUGCGGAGAUCUCGUAUAUGGAAGAUAGGGUUACGGGGUUCCGCAGGGCGGUGGAGGAGAUUAUGGAGAAGAAUGAUGUGGAGGGGGUUUUGAAUAUGGUCAGGAAGAGUUUGAAGGGGUUUGGACCGAAUGCACAAUUCGUGCGAGACGAGAAGAACGAUGGAAAUUCCGAGGAGAAAAUGAUGCUUGCGCAGAAGAGUAAAGAAAAAGUGAAUCGCGCGCUCUCCAGUCUGUGGGAGAUUUUUCAGGACAUGGAUGAAGAGAUGAAAGAUACAGAGCGAUGGUUGAGAGAUACAGAGACGGCGUUGAAGAGCGUUGUACAUGAGUUUAAGAUGGAGUGGACACUUUAG